UUUGUAUUCUAUAGAUCGACAGCGAUAACGCCCCUUUUGAAGUACAAAACGCCGAACUUGGAAUAGGUCAGAUAAAAUCUUCUGGAAUAACAGAUCAACUAUUUAAAUAUAGAAUUACUCGCCCACUCCCUUAAAGCUACAAAAAGCAACAUCGAUUACCAGUUACUAACAGUGGGUGUUUGGAGUAGAAUCGUGACUUUAUCAGGCCCUGUAACUUCAUACAAAAACAUCCUUCCUUCCUUUUGUCAGCCAAAUACAAAGCUAUCAGAAAACAUGGCCAAAGGAUGGGAAUACAUGCUGGUUCUAUUGGCAAUGAUAUGUGCGUCCUGCUUAGCCGAAGAUCUAGCCUCCUUACUUAGACAACGACUCGAGAGCAGAAUAAUGGAAAAAAGAAAACCUGAUGGAGGAAAUCCAUGUCCAGAACCAGAGAAACCGUUCCCCUGUAGGGGGCAAGGCACCCAUUGCAUACCUAUGGAGUAUCUGUGUGACAACAGCUACGACUGCGAGGAUGGCUAUGACGAGGAUAGGGAAGUCUGCACAGCGGCGAGGAGACCAGCAAUUGAGGAUAUUGAGAGCUUCUUAGAUGCAGAAGCUUCAUGGAUUCUCCCAAAGAUGUUCGGCGUUAGCCCUAGAAAACUACAUAAAGUCGCACACAGUUUGGCAGUGAGCGAGAAUGUGUCUGAAUUCAAACGUCGCCUCGCGAUGUCUAGCAAGCAAGCCACGAUAUUGAAGAAGGCUUUGAAAGCAAUUGGCGAUGGCGACAAAAAGGCGGUCCAACAACUCGUCAGCAUGCCACUUGGAUCCUGGAAUGAAGUACAAUACAUCUUCGGGAAAAUAAUCAAAAGUGGUUUCGAAUAGACAGCAUAGAGAACUAGUCCUGAUCUACAUCAUGUUGCCUAAAAUUAAAUCAAUUAAUAGUGAUCUUGCAAUUA